AUGACCCUGAAGGGUGGGACAACACAGGCUUGUGCAGCAUGCAAAUUUCAGAGAAGAAAGUGCACACCUGAGUGCCUUUUAGCUCCCUAUUUCCCUGCAGAUCAACCUAAGAUAUUCCUUAAUGUCCAUAAACUAUUUGGAGUUAGCAACAUUGUCAAAAUACUUAAGUUCCUCGAACCUACUCAGAAGAAACCGGCCAUGGAUUCUAUUAUCACGCAAGCGAAUUAUAGAGAUAAGUAUCCUGUGCAUGGAUGUUGGGAGGAGAUUUGCAGGCUACAAUAUCAAAUAUGGAUGAUGGAAGAAGAACUUCAUGCUGUUUAUCAGCAGCUUGAAAUUUGUCGACAACAACAGCAGCAACAGUUGCCUCAUGAUGAUGUCACUUCGCAGUUAGAAUUGGGGAUGGGACCGCGGUCUUCAAAUGCGCUCGCGCUCUUUAAUAACACUCCGCAGCCACAGAAUUAUAACACAGUGCCUGCUCCUUUGUCUGUGUCUCAACAGCAUUCUUACUCCAACAGCAAUAGUGUGGAUUAUAAUAACUCUCCUCUCUAUAUGGAUUCCAAGGAUAAUGUUACGAAUCCGAAUUUGUGGCUUCAGUGCCCUUACACUAAUAACAAUAGUAAUUCAAUAACAAUGCAACCUCAUCAGUUGAUUACCUCAGAGUCACAACAGCCACUGUCAUCUGUUCAACAAGGAGUUGUUGAAGAUAAUUAUGAUGAAAUGCAUUCGUUUUUUGAUACGGUUGAUGAUAGGCAAUCAUACAUUUAUUCUAAGGAGGCUUAUGAAUCAAGUUCAGAAGAGUCAUUGAAAGACACAAGAAAGUGCACAGAGCAUGUUUCUGAGAAUGAACUGAAGAGUGCUGCUGCUUGUUUCAGCCUUACCAGUGUCAACUGA